UAUAAUUACUGUUGGUUACUGCAAAUUGCAAAACCCCCAAAUUUCUGGAACCCUAGUUUUUGCCAUUGGAAUCUUCCACCAUCUUACUCUUUUGACCAUUCUCAAUACCAAAUCUCUAUACAUAUGAAUUCCUUUUUAUGGCGAUAAGCCCUUUCUCUCAUACAGAAUUGUUUAACCCUAGAUCGUUGUUCUCCAAUCUCCCAUGGCCACCGACGCAUCCCCGAAAUUCCAGAAGCCGGACCUUCUCGCCGUGCCGCACCAGCCCGAUUAUCAACCUGCAAUCGCCGCCGCCGCCGCGGUGGAGCACGACGGACUUCACUUCUGGCAGUUCAUGGUCGCCGGCUCGACCGCCGGCAUGGUGGAGCACAUGUCCAUGUUCCCCGUCGACACAAUCAAAACCCGAAUGCAAGCCCUAGGUUCCUGCCCGAUUAAAUCCGCCAGCGUCAACCAAGCGGUGCGUUCUAUUCUCAAAUCCGACGGCCCGAAGGGGUUCUACCGCGGGAUUGGAGCCAUGGCGCUCGGCGCGGGGCCGGCGCACGCCGUCUAUUUCUCCGUUUACGAGUUCUGUAAGAAGAGAUUCUCCGGCGGCAAUCCGGACAAUCACGCGGCGCACGCUGCCUCUGGGGUUUGUGCCACUGUUGUCAGCGAUGGGGUGCUUACUCCCAUGGAUAUGGUGAAGCAGAGGCUGCAAUUGGGUGAUAGUCCGUACAAAGGCGUGUGGGACUGCGUGAAGAGAGUGCUGAGAGAGGAAGGGUUUGGGGCGUUUUACGCUUCUUACAGGACAACCGUGCUGAUGAAUGCGCCCUUCACCGCAGUGCAUUUCGCAACAUACGAGGCUGCAAAGAGAGGUAUGAUGGAGGUCUCGCCGGAGAGUACGAGUGAAGAGACGUUGGUCGUUCAUGCUACUGCCGGAGCAGCGGCUGGAGCACUGGCUGCCGCCUUGACUACUCCUCUUGAUGUGGUCAAGACUCAAUUACAGUGCCAGGGUGUGUGUGGUUGUGAUAGAUUUGUGAGUAGUUCAAUACGGGAUGUUGUUAGGACAAUAGUAGAGAAAGACGGAUACAGAGGCCUUAUGAGAGGGUGGAUGCCUAGGAUGCUCUUCCACGCUCCUGCUGCAGCUAUUUGCUGGUCUACUUAUGAAGCUGCUAAAUCCUUCUUCCAAGAAUCAAACGACGGCAACAACCUCGCCUGAGAAAAGAUAAAUAUAAAAAAAAUAAAAAAAAUAGAUACACGAUUUUUCUUUCUUUCGUUCUUUCUUCAGUUUGUUGUAUUUGGAGAAGCACUCUAUGAUUGGGGAAGCACCAUUGGAAGGAAGGAGAACUCACCCCCAUAUGACUUGGUUUUAUUUAUACAGAUGCGGAGAGGCGAACAUUUUAAGUAUCUCGGAGCGGAGCGUGCGUUGCUAUUUAUAUGUAACAUUAGUUUGUGAUUCGUUGCAAUAAUCUUGGUUCGAAGUAGAGGAUCAUUUUUCGUCGUUAGUUUGUGGACUGAGUUCUUAGACCCAAAUUUGUGUAAUUGCUAGUUCUAGGCUUGUUUCCCUGAAAAUUUUGAUCAUUGAAUGGUGAUGAAUCUGAGAGUUUUUAUUUAUU